AUUGCGUUAUUGCGAACACGACUAGAUAAAAUAUCGGCCGACCUCGAUUUUAUUCGCGAUUUACCUAUUUGCAAUAAUGUUGUUUUACCAAGUUUGUAAACAAACGAAAAAAUCUUUAUCUGUGCAAGCAGUUUGUUUACCGAUUCUAUUGAAAAAUACAACACGAGAUGUCAUUGCAUACACCGUAUGUCUCAUAAAUAGAGACAAACAUAUUCAGGUGCAAGGGGAGCUGCAAAUGGACUGUGGGAUGUGCUUCUAUCUAUGCUUAACCCGCAGAAAGUGGUGGGGGUAACAAUAUGCAAUUUUCUCUUUCCAAGGGAUAAUUUAAGUCCCCUGAUGCGCAACCAAGGCAAAAAGCAAACUUAGAGAACUAGGGAACUAGAGGUUCCAAGAGGGUCUUAGAAUCUGCUAGUAUUCUGGUUGUUUACCAUCUCCAUGGUAACAUAUCCUGCCUUGAUUAAAACUUUUGUCUCUACUACCAUAGAAAUAAACGAAACAAUUAAUAAAUAUAUCAAUGUGUCCUGUGGAAAAGUGAUAUCCAUUCCUAUCGAGUGAUAGCAUCAUACACGUGUGAGUGUGCGGUGUGUGAAUAUCAUCAAAUUCCAAAUUCUCAACUUGAUUUCGUUUACCAUCCACUUCCUAAUUGUACUAUGAUUCGCCUGGGUUACGUUUUUGGCAUCUCGCUGCAGACGGAACUGCUGAUUCUCUCGUUUUUCGGCAUUGUGUACACCAUUCUUGAUGCUUCCCUGCUCGAAUUCAAUUCGAACCUGAACAAGGUAUGGAACCUGCGGAUGGACCCUGCCAGGUUCUCCGAGGGGACUGAGGAGAGCAUGAAGUAUAUCAUGGUCACCAUCAUUAUGGUACGCACGUUUACCAUCCAUUUGUACCUGGGUUCUUAUAUCAUGAUGCUGUACCCGUUGAUUUUUGAAGACAGACCUGGUUUGAUACUUCCAUGGAUGGUACUGAAUGUGGUUAAGUGUCUUCUGACCAACAUAAUAUCAUUCCUCACUGGAGUUUUUAUAUGUAUGAAGUACAGAUGGAUGAAACCCUCAUGCUGGGAGUUCCUGUUGUCUACAAUCACGCAUUACAUACCCCCACUUUACAUGUUUUAUUUGGUCUUCACGUUUUACAGGGAGUUGAAAAGGUUUGUAUUAAUUCAGAAGUACAUAGACCCUUAUGAAUUGAAAGCGCAUAGGCGGGCACUGAUGCUCAGCGAACGCAACGCGCGUGAAGCUCAGACCUGCGAGAGACAAGAACAAGAGCCUGUGCCUACCACGACCACCACCAUACCAUUACAAACCACAACCAACACUCCUCAUAUACUUGAUCCGAACGAACCAACAACAUCAACAGUACCAACAGUAUCAAUAAUACCAACAGUGCCAACAGUACCAACAAUACCAGUGUUAUCAAGAAGAACACCAAGUCCAGCUUGGUACCAUACAACUAUCACCACAACUUCCACGAAAGAUGCGGCUGUCAGUGGACGUACCUUCAAAGUAAAUAAUGGUGUGUUAGAGGUGGUUCCAGACCGAGACCGAGAAUACAGUGAUCUAGGAUCGGAGGAAUAUGACGAGUAUGAAGAAGUUCAAAAAAUCAGCGACCUGGAUAGCCAUGAGACUAGAUUUAGAGCACCUCCAAGUAACAUGCAUCACACCCAGACUCAAGUCACGCCAACAAAGGAAGCCACCACCGAACCUAUCAAAAAUAAUAUGAUUAAUUCAGAUUACAAAACAGUCAGUGAUUUACUGAACGAUCCAAACAUCGCUCUAGUAUUGAAUAUGAUCACUGGUAAAGAUGACCCUUUUCAAGAGGACCUGAGCAAAUUGGAGAAUUACGAAAUUACUAUCACUGAAGAAGCUCCCUGGUGGCCAUCCGUUGAAAAACCCAAGGCGACUCCUGCAUCUCCCAAACCCAAAUCAAAGAAACCUCCCCCUAAACCAUGGACGCGACCGGAAAAGAAGGAAAUUGCUGUUCAAGUCAGUUCCCCAUACUUUGAUCAAAUAAUGAGCACAAUUCAAUAUCCUUUCGAAAACGAAAAUUUUAUCAAAAUAGGCCAAGAAGAACCACAUGAAACCAGCAAGGACUCAACUCCUUUGAGUCCAGAAAAGAAGGAGACUCCUGGUACCCAACGUAGACGUUCUGGUUCACCAAAUCCGAGUAAGAGAAGAAUUCAACCGGCUUACCCCCGUACCUAUAAAGACGACGGCUAUACUCAGGCAUUCUAUGAAAAUUUGGCGAAAAAAAAGGAGAAAGAAGCAAAGAAGUAACUGGAUCCCAAAUAUUUCCCGCACAUUUUCCACACCGAUCUCUUUACUUUUGUAUCUUGCCCGUUCUCAUAUAGAAGGUGAGAUUCUCACACACAAAA